GUUGAUCCUAACCAUGAGGCAACUUUAGGUUGAGUGGGAUCUACCGUAUGGGAUCGCUUGCGGUAUAUGGGCGUGCCGUUGGCCCCUGACCACUACCCGGCAUGACAUCGACAGGGGAGACUACAUUUUGGAGCUAUGUUUGUGUAAUUACCGCUCGUUUUCUGCGAACAACCUGCAAGGUACAGCCUGAACCGCCCUCCUCGCUUGCCGGUACAAGGGGAGCAGUCCGUACCUGGCUCAGUCACUCUCGGAUCCUUCUUCGUGCGAGAAUGGGUGCUGGUCAGAGGACUUUUCAAACAUUACAGGCUCGGAAUGUACUCUGCGGGGUGGAUAUGGGCCCUGGACUGCAACACGGGAGGAGGAGCCUUUUGACGUAUCUUCUGCGGCGGAGUAAUUCCGGGUCUUCAUGGGGACUAUUGAUUGCUCUCAUCUUGGUGGUGUCAUGUCUACUGCUCCAUGCAAGCUAAAAUGACAGAACACUAUGAGCAAGCAAGCAACUACAUGUCCAGAAAGUUGGUUACUUUUUUGGCAUUGGGUCUGUGGGUGGUCUGGAAUCAUCCCAGGUUUUCCCUCUCUACAGGCUGUAAUAUGACAGCUAGGUAUCAGAGCCCUGUGUUGUGAGUUCGACUGUGGUUGUAGUGUGAAGUAACAACGCGUGUGAGCUGUUCUGCUAGCAGGCG